AUGACGGACGCCGCCCCGAAGGACAUCUCCCCGGACCAGAAGAAGGCGUGGGAGGCGUCGUCCGACUUCGCCAACUACUUCUGCACGUACGCCUUCAUCUACCACCAGAAGCAGAUGCUGUCGGACGACCUGCGCAUGCAGAGCUACCGCGACGCCAUCUUCGAGAACCCCAACCACUUCAAGGACAAGGUCGUGCUGGACGUGGGCACGGGCAGCGGCAUCCUGGCCAUUUGGGCGGCCCAGGCGGGCGCGCGCCGGGUCUUCGCCGUGGAGGCCACGGACAUGGCCCAGCAGGCGCGCAAGGUCAUCAAGGCCAACAACCAGGACCACAUCGUGACGGUCAUCCAGUCCAAGAUCGAGGACGUGGAGCUGCCCGAGAAGGUGGACGUGAUCAUCUCGGAGUGGAUGGGCUACUUCCUCCUGCGCGAGUCCAUGUUCGACUCGGUCAUCGUGGCGCGCGACCGCUGGCUCAAGCCCGACGGCGCCAUGUUCCCGUCGCACGCCAGCAUGUCCAUCGCCCCCAUGUGCAACGAGGACAACAGCAACAAGCGCUUCAGCGAGUUCUCGGCGGCCAUGGACGGCUGGCGCGGCUUCGUGGACAACACCAAGAUCGCCUGGGGCGUCGACAUGAGCGUGCUGGGCAACGCCUUCCGCAAGGAGCAGGAGCAGUACUCGCUACACACGUCCUCGUGGGAGGAGCUCAACGCCGGGGACCUCAUCGGAGACGAGGUGGAGUUCGCCAAGUGGGACCUCAAGACCUGCACGCUGGACGACAUCAAGGAGGUCAAGGCCCCCUUCUCCAUGCCGAUCUCCAUCAUGUCGCGCUUUGGCGGCAUCGCCGGCUGGUUCGACGUCGACUUCAAGGGCUGUGCCGAGAACCCGGCCAUGAAGGAGGUGACGCUCACCACGUCCCCGUUCGUGCAGCCCACGCACUGGGGGCAGCAGGUCUUCCCGCUCUACCCGCCCAUGCAGGUGUGCGAGGGCGACAUGGUGGUGGGCGACAUCUCGGUGGCGCGCCGCUCGGACAACCAGCGCCUCAUGAACGUCAAGUUCGACUUCCGAAUCCGCCGCCCCGAGGACGACGACGAGAGCAUGUCGGGCCCUCCCAACUCGGCCGUCUUCCAGAUCGAAUAA